AUGAUCUGUUAUGUGGAUAACAUCAUCAUCAUGCUCAAUAAUGCAUUGGCAAGUCAGUUAGACUGGGCUCUAAUUGAAGAAAUGAUUGUCAAAGCAGCUAAUCGAGGGGAUCCACUUGCCAAAACUAUCGCCCGACUUGAAUUAACUGCUAAUCAGGCUGUAGUUCGUCUACGAAAUCCCUUUGAGGAAGCGAAAAACAUAGAAGGCUCUGAACUGUCGGGACAAUUAAAUAAAAGGAUUGGAGAGAAUAAGAAGAUUAAUCGGCGAAAACAAGCAAAAGGUCUCCGGAUUGAAGAAGAGCAAGAAACUCCAGCCAACCUGCUGGGUGAAGUAGAAGUGACUAUUGACCUGAGUCAGAAUGCUGCACAUAACGCUAACAGGUUGGUUAAUGUUGCUUUAAACGAUUUUAAAAACUUAACAUAG